UUUUUCAGCAGCUCGCUCUUUCACUAUUUGCAAUGCUGCGUGAUGAAUUAAUGGGCUUCGAGGUUGAAAUCCCCGUCAAGAACCUAGACGGAAACAAGAAGAUUCUAACGAGCACAAUUGCCGAGUACCUUUUGAUACAGCUAAACAAGAUGAAGGCUUGUGAUUCCGGCUACUUUCUCUCACUAACCAAGUUGAUUCGUAUAGGCCCGGGAGAUAGUAAAUCCAUUCCGGAGCACGUUGUUUUUCCGGUGGAGUGUCGCUGCAGAAUGCUUAAACCCGUCGGCGGGGAAGUGAUGACUGGGGUUGUGUACAAAGUGUACAACAGCGGUGUGUUCAUCAAAUCUGGACCGAUGACCAUGGUUUGUUUACCGGAUGACCUGAUGCCGAAUUACAGUUACGUUGCGGGUACGAAUUGGGCUCACGUGGGGGUAGAUUUGUCCAGGAUUGAGUGUGGAGUGUUGGUUCGUUUUAGGGUUUUUUAUGCUGCGUGGGUCGAUGACGAGUAUAGGGAGUUUCGAGUUUUCGCGAGCAUUAAGGGUGAUGGGCUGGGCCCUGUUUCGAUGAACGGGUACGAUGGAAUCGAAUCGGAUGAGUAUAUGAUUUAGGUGAAUGUUUUGUAUGUUACGUUUUCGUUGUACGGGUACGAGGGAAGUUUUGUAUGUUAUGUUUUGGAUGAAUGUGAACUCGUAGUGGUAUCCCAUUUUCUUUAUCUUUUUUUUUUUUUUAAUUGAUAAGAAAACUCGCAGCCACUCGAAGUGCAUUGGGUGAA